CACACACACACACACACACACAUCUGCAGCCAGUUUACAAAUGCCAUAAUCCCUUUCUCCCCUCUCUGCAGUUAUGAAACACUGAAUGUGGACUUUGGGUUUGGGCUGCUUUCCAGAAACAGUGCUUAUAAAGAGAGAGAGGGGGAGAGAGAAGAAGCCAAAGCUCUACGGUGUUUCCCCUCCACAGCACAGCAGACAGAGCAGAAGGAUCAUGGGUGGUCUGAAAGAAGUCUGCUGUCUUCUCUUGGUCUCCACACUCUUCUUUACCUUUUGUCUUCCUUCUGCUAUGGCUGGAAAGGUUCUCGUCUUUCCUGUGGAUGGUAGCCACUGGAUCAACAUGAAGAUCAUAAUAGAGGAGCUCCACGCCAGAGGCCACGAGGUCACCGUGGUCCGAACAGCCACCAGCUGGUAUGUUAAGGAAGAGUCUCCUCACUACAAGUCCAUUACAGUGACUCUUCCAAAGGGAGUGAUCAUUGAGGACGAAGACUUUUUUGUGUCGUUUCUGAGUAAAAUGCUGGAGAUACAGCGGGGAAGAGGGUCUCCUCUCGCGUUCAUUAAGUUCUUCUGGGAGAUGCUGUCUGCGCUGGGGAAUAUUCACUGGCAGGCAAGUCAGCUGGCAGUGGAGAUAUUUGAAAACCAAACACUAAUGGAAGAGCUCAGAUCCACACACUUUGAUUUAGCUCUGAUUGACCCUGGCACUCCUCCUGGGGUGCUGGUGGCUCACAAACUGGGUUUACCAAUGGUGUUCAACGUACGGUGGAUCACUAGUGGUGAGGGGCACUUUGUUGUUGCUCCUUCUCCCAUUUCGUACGUCCCUACGUCAGGCUUUGCUGCCUCAAACCAGAUGACGUUUGGAGAAAGGGUCAAGAAUGCAGGUUACUACAUUUUGAACAACUGCAUUGACCGCUUCAUUGUAAGUCCACCCUAUAAUGUGCUGAUGACACGUUACUUUGGACCCGAUGCCAACUUCUACCACCUCCUGCAGGGCACAGACCUCUGGCUGAUGAGGGUGGAUUUUGUCUUUGAGUUCCCCCGACCGACCAUGCCCAACAUUGUUUACAUUGGUGGGUUCCAGUGCAGACCUGCAAAACCCUUACCAGCAGAGCUCCAGCAGUUUGUGGAAGGAUCAGGAGAGCAUGGAGUCAUAAUCAUGUCAUUAGGCACACUACUGAAAGGUCUUCCCGCUGAGAUUACAUCUGAGAUCGCUGCUGCUUUUGCUCAGCUUCCCCAGAGGGUAGUCUGGAAGCAUGUGGGGGAGCGACCCAAAAAUCUUGGAAACAACACAUUGUUGGUUAACUGGAUGCCUCAGAACGACUUGCUGGGUCACCCCAAAACCCGGCUGUUUGUCGCACAUGGUGGCACCAAUGGCGUCUACGAGUCUAUCUACCAUGGCGUUCCAAUGUUGGGUCUUCCAUUACUGUUUGACCAGUUUGAGAACUUUUUGCGCCUUGAGGUACGAGGGGCAGCUAAAGCUUUUGAUGUCUCUAAUCUGAAAAGUCAGGACUUCCUAAAAGCAAUAAAAGAAGUCCUACAUCAGCCAUCGUACAGGGAAAACAUGCAACGACUCUCUAGAUUGCACCGUGACCAGCCUGUUCAUCCACUUAACAAUUCCAUCUUUUGGAUAGAGUUUGUAAUGCGCCAUAAAGGGGCAGCGCACCUGCGCACAGAGUCAUAUAAAAUGCCCUGGUACUCUUACCACUCCCUGGAUGUAAUAGGGUUCCUUCUGGCUGUCAUGUUAGCACUAUUUGGUGCUGUGAUAUUAAUUAUGCGUCUCUUGUGCCUUCGAAUGUGCAGAAGACAAAAAUCUAAAAUUGAAUAAUUAAUACUACUUGAGAGGGAAGGAUAGAUACAGUGUAAUUAACCAAUUAAAGCUUAUUGCUGUUUUUGUUUACGCCCUGUUAUAUAUUACAGUAUGUAAAACUAUUGAUGAAAAUGAAUUUUGGGUCAUAUAAAUGCUGAAGCUAAUUGUAUCAAUAUUGCAUACGUUUUGGCAUUAAUAUUUACGAAUACUGCACUUUUUAGACCCAGAAUUAUUUUAUUCUAAUCAAUAAACCUGGCUUUUAAUCUGUGA